UUAUGUUUGUAUCGCUUUAAAAUAAUUAGCAAUAAAAUUGAUUAAAUUAACACCGCCAUUAAGUUUUCUACUAAACACUGUUAUUAACAAACAUUGAAUAUCCUUCAUGCCUAAAAGAUACGCGAACGAAAAUUACGAACGAGCAACAUGACACCAGCUUCGAAUGUGAUCACUGUGUGCUGCGUGUUACUGGCAGUGGACCGAGCGGGAACCAGGGAAUGGCCCGACCACAAAACUGACCCCUUGCUCUUUAUCGCUAAUCCCAUUGAAUUCGAAUCGCCCAGCCAUUGGUUACCGGAAAGUAUUGUCAAAGAAAUUAUGAUCAGGCGAACCACUGUGAAACCAAGACACGAAAUACCGUGGAAUUUAGUAAAAGACUUGGUAUUCACCCAAUCAACUCCUAGUACUACCGAAACACAAGAAAAACUAUCAUUCUCAUUAUCAUUAUCAAAUAAGGCUCCUCCUACGAAUCCUAAGGUUCCUCCUAAGGCUAGUAAAGCUCCUCCUACGAGUACUACGACUCCUACUACAACUCCUACUACUACAACUACUACGACUCCUACUACAACUACUACGACUCCUACUACGACUACUACGACUCCUACUACGACUACUACGACUCCUACUACGACUACUACGGCUCCUACUACGACGCCUACUACAACUACUACUACAACUACUACGACGACUACAACUACUACGGCUCCUCCUACGACUACUACUAAGCGUGGUGGUAAAAAGAGGAGACCACCACCUGGCCAAGGAAUGAAUGAUGGCGCAAUGGGCGGAUAAUCUCUAGUUUUUAAACUGACAUGGUCACUAACACUAAUAUUAGAACUUAAGACGGGAUAUUUACCAUGUUUAUUUGUGUCUAUGAGUUUCCGAUAUUUCGGCACUGUUGCAAGCGCCAUGAUCACGGAUGAAAAUGGUAUAAACAUGGUCUUAAGUUCUAAUAUUAAUCUCUAGUUGGCGAUCGCUUAAUAGCAAUGGCAAUAUGGGCCCCCAAUCACAGAGUCACAAAGGGACUUUUCAUCAUGAGCAUUAUUUAAGGUUAUAUAUUUUAUAAUUAUACUUGUAUUUUAA